AUGGGAGCUGCUGAAAUAAAUGUAAGAGAACAUUUCUUGGGUUUUGUUCUAUUGAAUGAUACACCUGGUACUUUCAUGACUGAAAGCAUCCUUCAUCAACAUGAAGAACUGUCAUUAUCCUUGGAGAACUUACGUGGCCAGGGUUAUGAUAAUGGCAGCAACAUGAAAGGUAAAUAUAAUGGUGUGCAAAAGAGAAUCAUGGACACUAACCCUCAGGCAUUAUUUGUUCCCUGGUAUUCACAUUCCCUGAAUUUGGUUGUAAAUGACGCUGCCAGGCGUUGCUUGGAGGCUACAAGCUUCUUUGAUUUAUUCCAGCGCAUUUGUGCAUUUUUCUCAGGUUCAACACAUCACUGGUAUGUUCUCUUACACCAUGUGUCAUGUCUAACAGUGAAGCCAUUAAGUGAAACAAGAUGGGAAAGUUGCACUGAUACCUUAAAACCCCUUCACUACCAUAUUGGCGAUAUCUAUGAUGCAAUUAUGGAAAUUGCUGAUGACAUUACCCUUACAGGAUCGUCUGGCAAUGCAGCACGUAUUGAAGCAAAAGCUUUUGCAAAUGGGUAUUCCAACUUCAAGUUUUUUGUUUCUCUGACGGUAUGGUACAAUAUUCUGUUUGAGGUAAAUGUAAGAAGCAAACAACUUCAAGCAAAGGAAUAUGACGUACAUUCUGUUUUCAAACAACUAGAACAAACCAAGAAAUUUCUUAUAGAAUGUAGAAUUGACCAAGGGUUUGAAAAGACAUUAGUUGAUACUUGUGAACUUGCAGAAGAGCUAGAGAUAUUUACAUCCUUUGAACCAGAAUCAGUGCACAUAAAGAGAAAGAAGAGGCAAUUUGCACAUGAAGCAGAAUACCAGCCUGUUCAUAUGAAGCAGAAGACCAACGUGUUCAUAUGA